AAAAACUUUAAAUCAUUUGUCGAACAUGUGUAUCAGACAUGAAUUUGGAUCACUGAUCAAUCCAAUCAUCCAAAUAAGUCAACAAAGACGAUUUUUCAGAAAGAACAAAAAAACAAGAUACAUUAAUUUUGAUAAUACCUAUCGUUGAAAUGUCAUGUACUCUUUUUUCUUGGGUUUAAAUUGUGGUUGAGAAGUCAGAUGGUGAGAUUGGAAAGUACUUCUAAUCAAUGCGUUUAAGUUGGUUGAUGAACAUUUUGCCCAAGUUACUUAGUCAAGUUGAGAGGUUUAGCUUUUAUUGUGUAUAUAAAGAGAUGAGUAUGAAACCAUAUAUUAUCAUCACAACUUCCAUUUUCUUUCCUUUUGCACUAUUGAUAUUCAAGAAAGUAAAAUACUUAGAAAGAUGAAAGACUCUCGAAACUUAACCAUUUUCACUAUUCCUAGUACUCUUUCUUUUCUCUUAUAUUUCCUUUUUAAUGUCUCUGAAGUGUUUGCGGCUCCUACCAAACACUUGUGUCGUUCUGAUCAAAGGGAUGCAAUUCUCGAGUUCAAGAAUGAGUUCCAGAGUAUGGAUCAAGUGUCUUAUUUUGACAGCUAUCCUCCCAAGACGGAUUCAUGGGAGAAGGACAGCGACUGUUGUUAUUGGGACGGUAUCACAUGCGAUGAAAAGUCCGGGGAUAUAAUCGAGGUAGACCUUAGUUUCAGCUCUCUUAGUGGCCAGCUUAGUUCCAAAAGUAGUCUUUUUAGGCUUCAACACCUUCAUUUUGUAACCAAGAUUAACCUUUCAAAUAAUGAUUUUGUUGGUCCAAUCCCAUCUUCACUUGGAAACUUUUCUAGUCUCACCACUCUUGACGUUUCUAGAAAUCAUUUCAGUGGUAAGAUUCCUUCUUGGAUUGGAAACCUUUCUCAUCUCACCUCUCUUGACUUUUCUCAUAAUAGUUUAGUUGGUGAAAUCCCAUCUUCACUUGCAUAUCUUUCAAAUCUCACUUCUAUCAACCUCUCUUAUAACGAUUUCGAUGGUAAGCUUCCUUCUUCGAUUGAAAACCUUUCUAGUCUCGCCAUUUUUCGACUCUCUCGUAACAAUUUUUUUGGUGAACUCCCACCUUCAAUUGGUAAUCUUUUGCAUCUCACUAAUCUUAGUCUCGAUCGUAACAAUUUCUCUGGUAAAAUCUCAUCUUCACUUGGAAAUCUUUCGCAUCUCACCUCUAUUGACUUCCAUAAUAACAAUUUUGAUGGUGAAAUACCAUUUUCAUUUGGAAAUCUUUCACAUCUCACCUCUCUUGUCCUCUCUGUCAACAAUUUUGUUGGUGCAAUCCCAUCUUCUUUAGGUAGUCUGAAUAAGUUGUCCAUAUUAAAUGUUAAAUCAAAUAAGCUUAGUGGUAGCCUUCCCGAUGCACUAGUAAAUAUGAAAAAAUUGUCAAAAUUAUCUCUUUCCAAUAAUCAGCUCAUAGGUACCAUUCCUUCUUCUUUCUUCACUAUUCCUUCUUUAGAUACUAUUACUUUAGAUAAUAACCAACUAAACGGUACUCUUGAGUUUGGGAAUAUAUCUUCAUCAUCUAAGCUAAUAGUGUUACGCCUUGGCAAUAACCACUUCAUAGGACCAAUCUCGAAAUCUCUCUCCAAAUUAGCUAGACUUAAGGAACUUGACCUUUCCAAUUUAAACACCCAAGUGUCAGUUGACUUUAGCUUUCUCUUGCAUCUCAAGUCGCUUCGAAAACUUUAUCUACCCAAUCUGAACACCACUAGUACGAUUAACUUAAACGUUAUCUUAUCAAAGUUAAAGUCACUAGAAACAUUAGAUCUUUCAGGAAACCAUGUUUUAGUCACAAACAAGAGUUCAGAUUCAUAUGGUCCAUGGUUAAGUGAGAUAUACUUGUCCGGAUGCAGUAUCACCGAGUUCCCAAAGAUCUUAAGAACCCAAGACCAAAUGACGACAUUAGACGUUUCCAACAACAAAAUCAAAGGUCAAGUACCUGGCUGGUUAUGGUCACUAGCAAAUCUUCAGUACGUGAAUCUUUCCAACAACACUUUCAUCGGUUUCGGAAGAUCAACGAAUCUUGGACUAUCCUCAGUCCCGGAGUCAUAUAUGAAGCAAUUGUUUGGCUCGAACAACAGUUUCACGGGAAAGAUUCCGUCUUUCAUAUGUGAGUUGUCCUAUCUAACCACUCUUGAUUUGGCUAACAACAAACUCAGUGGCUCAAUUCCACAUUGUAUGGGAAACAUUCAAGUUCUAAAUCUUCGACAUAAUCGUCUUAGUGGAGUUAUUCCAGAGGAUGUAUUUGACAGUCUAAUUUUGCUUGACGUCGGCCAUAAUCAACUAGAAGGAAAGCUUCCAAGAUCUUUGGUUCGUGUCUCCUUUCUUGAAGUUCUUAAUGUGGAAAGCAACAGAAUCAAUGAUACAUUUCCUUCUUGGCUAAGUUCUCUGCAAGAGCUACACAUUCUAGUCCUUCGCUCCAAUGCAUUCCAUGGUCCAAUACAACAAAUUAAGUUUGCUACGCUGCGAAUCAUCGACAUAUCCGAUAACCAAUUCAAUGGAACAUUGCCCCCGAGCUUCUUUGUCAAUUUGCUUGCAAUGUUCUCACUAGCAAAAAAUGAAGAUCAAUCUACCAGAGAGACCACACUAAUGUCUCACAAAAACUACAUGAGUACAGACCACUAUUAUUUUUAUUCAAUGGUUUUGAUGAAUAAAGGUAUAGAGAUGCAGCUGGAGCGUGUCCUUAAUAUCUUCACAGCAAUCGACUUUUCGAGAAAUAAAUUUGAAGGAGAGAUUCCAAGGUCCAUUGGUUUGUUAAAAGAGCUUUAUGUGCUCAACUUGUCAAACAAUGCUUUCAGUGGCCACAUCCCAUCAUCAAUGGCGAACAUGAUAAAGCUGGAAUCACUUGACGUUUCCCAAAACAAUAUUUCCGGAGAAAUUCCACAGGAGCUAGGGAACCUCUCAAACCUUGCGCGCAUGAACUUCUCUCAUAACCGGCUUGUAGGUCUGGUACCAGGGGGCACUCAGUUUCUAACACAAAAUUGCUCCUCUUUCGAGGACAACCUCGGACUAUUUGGCCCUUCACUUGAGAAAGUUUGUCUCGAGAAAACAUCGCAAGAAUCCAAAAUGACCGAACCAAAAGAAGAAGAAGAAGUUAUAAAUUGGAAAGCAGCUGCAAUUGGAUCCAUACCUGGCAUUGUCUUUGGAUUGACGAUGGGAUACAUACUGGUUUCUUACAAACCAGAGUGGCUCAUGAACCCUUUUGGUCAAAAUAAAAGCAAAAGCAUAAGCUCAACUCAUUAAAAAGCUUUCUUGAACCUAAGCUGAAGAAUCAUUGGAAGAAAAUAAAAGGAACCAAACCAGACGUAAUGGAGAAAGAAGAAAACAAGAAAUCUACUUAAAAUUUUAGUUGUUGCUUCUUGUUAAGCUUCGUGUGUUUCUCAUUCGCUAUGAUCUUUCUUCUUUCUUCAUAGUUUA